AUGGCCAGCAUCGCCAACGAGCUGCAGGGAAUCAGGCACGAGGUGGUGGGGAAGGAGGAGCUGAGUGCAGCGAUCAAGGUGGACGAGCAAGCGGAGGGGAUGCGAAGUGGGACGUCGUACCCCAAUAACCUGGCUGCAAUGUUGCAAGCUAUUAAGGGCAUGGAGGAGGAGGAACAUGGCCCUUGUUAUCAGACCAAUUUGCGUCACAGAGUUCGGCGAGUCAUCAUCUGCUGCCUCGAAGAAGAGGCGUCGCUACGCGCAAGCCGUUCUCCCGUUCGGCACGCCCCCUGCGAUACCGGCUCCGCCUCCCGCACCCGUCCAAGCUCCCAAGCGUGUGUCUCUUAUCUGAAGGCGCAGCAGCUAUACAUCACGCAGUGGAUGCCGAAGUUUGACUGGCUGCUGCUUGAAAAGAACGAGGAUGGCCUGCCCAUACUGCGAUGCAGUAUAUGCGUGGAGCACGGCAAGGACGACGCGAAAUUCGGACGCAACGGAACGGGGAGACGCGAUCUGCAGCUCGGAUCGAUGCGAUGUCACGAGCUGAGCGGCCGCCACGACGAAUCCAUGAAAACGCAGUGGACGCUCAUGGCGGAGAUCGAGAAGCAAAAGAGGCUCGACGAUUUCGCCAACACUGACAAGGAGGGCGCGUGGCUCACUCGUCUCAUGCGCGGCGUGGAGUUCAUCUGCGACCAUGAUGCCCCGAUCGCUAUGUUCCCGAAGCUCAUAGAGUUCCUCGCAGAAGAGGGAGUCGCAGACGUCCCGCUUCAGGCCUAUGGCGUGUACAUCACACAGUAA